GAUAGUUUAUUAGCGUUAAAAAACGAGGUGGUUAGUUCAUCGGCCGCGCAGCUUUGUGAACUCCGCCGUUACAAGCCUUUAUUUCUCAACGGUCUUCUCUAAGCACUUCUUCCCCUAAUAAACCCCUCCCAAAAAGCCUCCCUUCCAAUUCCUUCUCCCCAUUCAGUUUCGGACAACAAAAAUGCAGGCCUCGCUCAGUCUCUCAGUAUCUAACCCCGCCGCCAUCCCCAGAUCAGGCCACGGUUUCGAGUCCUCCCUCCCUUUCCCGUCGAAGCCUGUGAAUCUCAGGUUCUGCGGUCUCAGGAGGGAAGCCUUGGGGUUUUCUUCCACUUCUUCUUCUUCUUCUUCUUCUUCUUCUUCUAUUUCCGCCUACCGGUCAAAUAGGAACGCAGCUCGGUCGAAGAAGGUUUGGGCCUCCCUCGGCGGCGACAAUGGCAGCAGCAGCAGCGCUCCCAAGUCGUUCGAUUACGACUUGAUCAUCAUUGGAGCUGGCGUUGGCGGCCACGGAGCUGCACUUCAUGCUGUUGAGAAGGGUUUAAAAACUGCUAUUGUUGAGGGGGAUGUCGUCGGAGGAACUUGUGUAAACAGAGGUUGCGUCCCGUCGAAAGCUUUGCUGGCUGUUAGUGGCCGGAUGCGCGAGCUUCAAAAUGAACAUCAUUUGAAAGCUUUGGGUCUCCAGGUUUCAGCUGCUAGUUAUGACAGACAAGGAGUUGCUGAUCAUGCCAAUAAUCUUGCUACGAAAAUUCGCAGCAAUUUGACAAAUUCAAUGAAGGCAUUGGGUGUGGACAUCUUGACUGGUUUUGGCACAGUUUUGGGUCCACAAAAGGUGAAAGUUGGGAAAGACACUGUUGUGACUGCAAAGGACAUCAUCAUUGCCACUGGUUCUGUCCCAUUUGUGCCGAAGGGGAUUGAAGUCGAUGGGAAGACAGUCAUUACAAGUGAUCACGCCCUCAAACUGGAGUCUAUACCUGACUGGAUAGCUAUUGUUGGAAGUGGUUACAUUGGUCUUGAAUUCAGUGAUGUGUAUACUGCACUUGGAAGUGAGGUGACAUUCGUUGAAGCUCUGGACCAACUGAUGCCUGGAUUUGAUCCUGAGAUUGGGAAGUUGGCUCAAAGAGUCUUAAUUAAUCCUCGCAAAAUUGACUACCACACUGGAGUAUUCGCAACCAAGAUCACUCCUGCAAAAGAUGGGAAACCAGUUACUAUUGAGCUUAUUGAUGCCAAAACCAAGGAACCAAAAGAAACUCUCGAGGUAGAUGCUGCUCUGAUUGCCACUGGAAGAGCACCUUUCACCAACGGUCUUGGCUUGGAGAAUAUUAAUGUUGCAACCCAACGUGGUUUUAUUCCUGUUGAUGAGCGUAUGCGUGUCAUUGAUUCCAAUGGGGACCGGGUCCCUCACUUGUUUUGUAUUGGUGAUGCCAACGGUAAAAUGAUGCUUGCUCAUGCAGCCAGUGCGCAAGGAAUUUCAGUGGUGGAGCAACUGACUGGAAGAGACCACGUGCUAAAUCAUUUAAGCAUCCCUGCUGCUUGUUUCACCCAUCCUGAGAUCAGUAUGGUUGGAUUGACAGAGCCUCAAGCAAGGGAAAAGGCUGAACUAGAGGGAUUUGAAGUGGCCGUUGCCAAGACAAGCUUUAAGGCUAACACGAAGGCCUUGGCCGAAAAUGAAGGGGAGGGUCUUGCUAAGUUGAUAUACAGACCUGACAACGGAGAGAUUCUCGGCGUUCAUAUCUUUGGGCUGCAUGCUGCAGAUCUCAUCCACGAAGCAUCUAAUGCUAUAGCUUUAGGGACUCGCAUCCAGGACUUGAAAUUAGCAGUUCACGCACAUCCCACGCUUUCUGAAGUUCUCGAUGAACUCUUCAAGUCAGCAAAGGUGAGCUUCUGAUCUGGCCUCUGUGCACGAGCACAUCAGACAGACGUGUAACAUUGCACGAUGCUGAACUACCGCCAACCCAUAUCCUUAUCUGGUUUACAUGAACUGGAAUCAUAUCUUCUUGCUGCAAUUAUCUACGAACCAUUUGUCCUAAUAUAGUGUUCGCCCACAUUUUUUCGUACAUUUUCUAAAGCUGGAGACCAGAUCACCCUUCUUCAAGCAAGUGAUGGACCUUUUUAAUUUAUGGGGCAGGUUAACGCACAUGUUGGCAGCCCAGUAGCUGAACCAGUUGCAGUCUAAGCAAAUCUCAAUGCUUCGCCGAGAUAUCAAAUGGCAAGUGUUGGAAAGAGUGUACCAUGAUUGAACAUGAUAGGAAGCCAUCGGCGUGACACAAGUAAUGCCAGCUAGUUCGCCGUCUUCUCCAAUUCGUUCAUUCCAACCAUAGAUACACUCGAGUUAAUAAUCAUCCGGUUUUGUACUAAUUUAUGGUUUGAGGUAUUAGAUACUUAUAGGACUCGAAUGUAUUGGGAGGCUUCAUCUUAUGGUUGUUGUCAUUGUCUCAUUGUGUAUCCUGAUUGUAUACCAACAUUUUCGUUGAGAGUAAUAU